AUGAGAGCUCCUAAGCUUAAUACACUGAUGUUAAUCAUUGUGGCAAAUCACGUGAUUAUUACGUCUCCUGUCGUCAGCACCAACAGGGUUCUUCUGGCCAUAGGUCUGGCUGGCGCCUCCCUUUAUUCGUCUAGGAUUCUAGAUUAUUAUUGGUCCCCAGAGGAUCUUGGAUUGCUCACCUUUAUCAUAGUCCUAUUGUUACUACCGGCAAAACAAAACAUUUGUGAUCCGGGAUGGAAGUACUUCCGGGGCCACUGCUACAUUCGGGUGGAAGGACUUUUCAAUCAACCCACUGCGCAGGCAGCCUGUAAUGCCGAAGGCGCUUACUUAACGGAAAUAACUGACGCAGAGGAAAAUCAAUUUAUUUUAGAGAAUAUACUCAACACCGUCAGUUGCUCUAACAUAUAUGAUUGCACAACGUGGAUCGGCGGUAACGACAAGGCGACAAAUGGCGUAUAUAUCUGGGAAACAUCCGGGCUACCCGUGACGUACACAAACUGGAUUCCCGGUAACCCGAACAACGAAGUCAUCAAGGACUGUAUGGACAUCUUCUACACAGGCCUCUGGAAUGACCGGCCCUGCACGAGACAGGAGGGAUACAUAUGUGAAAAAAAUCUGUAGUAUUGUUGUUUACUGUAAAUGUAUUAGAUUUUACAUACAUAAGAUUUUGGCGAAAUUAUAUUUAGUACAAUUAAGUGACGAAAAUUUGGUUCAACAACCUUUCUUUUUACAUACUCU